AUGGCGCGCCUCCUUUCGCUGAUGAAGCAACUCCAGGAGAUGUUGGAGCGUUGCGGACUAUCGGGCCUGCUGGAGAAGCCUUCGGAGCUGGAAGCUAUGCUUGUGCGCUACAAAGCCAUGCAAGCCUCCUUUGAGAAGAGCGGCUUCUCGGAGUUGUUUGAGGAUACCGACAGGCUGGACAAGUUCCUCGAGACUCACCGACAGGUCCGGUCGUCGUUCCAAGCUGCCGGCUUCGAGAAUUUGCUGGAUGAUGCCGCUGCAGCAGAGCAGUUCUUCCAACAGCGCCAGGCUUUCUUAUCCAAACUUUUCAAAGCACUGCUGCGACCGGGGUGUCGUACCCGCAAGCUGCAAGAGUGGGGAGUUUCUGCAUGGUGCAGAGAUAGCUAUGGGCUGAGUUCAUGUGCACGGGAUCUUCAGACAGGUAUGCUGAACCGUAAGACUGGCUGUAGAUGGAGUUUUAUGCUGUGA